AUGGCAAAUGACAAAACAUUAUGUUUCAUAUGUAAUAAAGAAAAAAUAACAUAUCCUUGUAAAGGAUGUUCAAAAGAGUUUUGUUUAGUGGAUUUAACAGAACAUCGUCAUAUAUUAACUAAUGAACUACAUCAUAUCACCAAUGAAUAUAAUGAAUUUAAACAAACAAUUAAUGAACAAAAACAAAAUCCACACAAUCAUUCAUUGAUAAAUGAAAUUGAUCAAUGGGAAAUCGAAUCCAUUGAGAAAAUUCAACAAAAAGCACAAGAGUACAGAGAAAUUGUUACUAAAUCAUCACAGACAUGUAUUAAUGAUGUUGACAUGAAAUUUAAAGACUUGAAUGAACAAAUACAACAAAUGCAAAUAGAAAAUGAAUUUAAUGAAACUAGUUUAACUUAUUUAAGAAAUCAAUUAAUAGAAAUUAAAGAACAAUUAAACAAUCCAUCGGUUAUUUCAAUUAAAAAAGAUUCACAAUCAAUUAUUAAUGAGGUUUCAAUUAUUUCGUCAAAAAAAUCAAAAUUCAACAAAUGGAAACAAAAUGGCAUCACAGUAGCUGGUGAAAAUGAAAAUGGAGAAGGAUUAAAUCAGCUCAAU